AUGGAGUACAUGGGAAGCAAUAUAACAUACAACAAAGACAUAUACAGUGAGUUUAAGUACUACUGUGAACAGCAUGAGAUUGAAGUAAUGAGUAAAGGAGACUUUGAAACGCUUAUGAAAGACAGUAAGGAGGUCAUACAUGAGAACAGUGAUGAAAUAGUUCAUGAGAACAGUGUUGAAAUAGUUCAUGAGAACAGUGAUGAAAUAGUUCAUGAGAACAGUGUUGAAAUAGUUCAUGAGAACAGUGAUGAAAUAGUUCAUGAGAACAGUGAGGAGGUCAUACAUGAGAACAGUGUUGAAAUAGUUCAUGAGAACAGUGUUGAAAUAGUUCAUGAGAACAGUGAUGAAAUAGUUCAUGAGAACAGUGUUGAAAUAGUUCAUGAGAACAGUGAUGAAAUAGUUCAUGAGAACAGUGAGGAGGUCAUACAUGAGAACAGUGUUGAAAUAGUUCAUGAUGUCGUUCGUGAAGAAGCCAUUGCAACAAAGAAUGAGAUAAAGGAUUUCAUAGAACUUAACAAGGAGGAGUUUAAAGAAGGCUAUGAGGUGAAAAGAUGUGAAGAAGAUUUCUUGGCGUAUUUGAAGAAAAAGAGACUAAAGCCAAUGGCUCAAAAUAAGUUUCAAUCGAUGUUUGAAAAGAAACGUUUGAGCUAUGGUGGUGUAAGAAGCACAUAUUACUUUGUUAAGAAGUGA